AUGCACAUUCCCGGAGAAGAGCAAUGUGUAAUCUCCGAUCAAGACCAAUUGACCAGACCAGAUCUAUUUGUCGAGAAUGAUGCACACACCACGUUUACUGUGAAUUAUUUUAGAAAUACUUGUGUGGAUCCUCCCCAAAAAGAAGGUGGACGACUCGAGGCUCGCUUGACUGGAUUCCGUGGCGGUGAGGGUAUCCUUGAACUUGCCCAGCAAAAAGGGAAAAAUCCUAAACUUCUUGCGAUAAUGACUGGAUUGCAAGAAAAUAAGAACUUUCAUUUGAUUUACGUUCCUGACAUAGAGUUGUCUUCAUGCUAUAAGGCGGGUUUAUUAAACGAUCACAAA